UCGUCGCGAGGAUGUCCGACGCAAAGCAAACCGUGGCACAGAAAAGUGCUAAGAUUGCAGCUGGAGCAGUUGUGUGUGUGGAGAGUGAAAUAAGAGGAGAUGUGACCAUCGGUGCUAGAACAGUUGUCCACCCCAAAGCCCGGAUCAUAGCAGAGGCGGGGCCCAUCAUCAUCGGGGAGGGGAAUCUGAUCGAGGAGCAGGCGCUGAUCAUUAACAGUUAUCCAGAGAAUAUCAUGCCGGACACAGAGGGCGUGGAGCCCAAACCCAUGACCAUUGGGACCAAUAAUGUGUUUGAAGUGGGAUGUGUCUCCCAAGCCUUAAAAAUUGGAGACAACAAUGUGAUUGAGUCCAAAGCUGAUCUCGGGAGGAACGUGAUCCUGACCAGCGGGUGCAUCAUCGGCGCAUGCUGCCAGGUCAACACGUGCGAGGUCGUGCCAGAGAACACGGUGGUGUACGGGUCAAACUGCCUCCGCCGCGUGCAGAGCGAAAAGCCACAGCCUCAGACUCUGCAGCUCGACUUCCUCAUGAAGAUUCUGCCCAACUACCACCACCUGAAGAAGACGGUCAAAGGCAACAGCACACCGGUGAGAAACUGAGAUGGAGCUGGAGAGGGAGCACACCCGUUGACUCCAUUCUCUCCACUCGCGCUUGUCUUUUCCUUUUCUACUCUAGUGUUUCAGCCUCGGCGUCUAGGAGGACACCUCCGGCACUGACAGUGACCCUCACACACUCUGCAUUUCUUCCUGCAUGUGAGACAUGUCAUCAUCCUUCAACACGUCACCAGUUUACAAUGUUACACUCUGUAAUCUCUAACAGCACAGUGUAAAAUUG